GCCGCUCUGGCCGGCGCCGCCUCCGCGGCCCUGACCACGACGGCCUACACCGACAGCACCACCGGCAUCAGCUUCCAGCAGUACACCGACUCGGCCUCCGGCUUCAAGUUCGGUAUGGCUCUGCCCGAGACGCCCGGCAAGGACUUCAUCGGUCAGAUCAUCGCCCCUGGCUCCGGUUGGGCCGGUAUCUCCCUGACCUCGUCCAUGAUGUCGUCGCUCCUCGUUGCCGCCUGGCCCAACGACGACGAUGUCGUUGCCAGCCUCCGCAAGACGACGACCUACACCAACCCCACUGCCUACGACGGUGAUGCCAAGCUUUACCCCAUUGCCGAGGGUGUCUCGGUCAACUCGACCCACUACACCUACACUUUCCUGUGCAAGGACUGUAUCGUUGGUGACUCGUCCACCUUCAAGGUCUCGGCUGAGUCCGCCGUCCUGGGCUGGGCCGUUUCCGACGACGCCCCCACGAGCCCCGCCUCCACGGAUGCCAAGCUCCUCUACCACAGCACUGGCUUUGGUGCUUUCGGUAUGCCCAUUGCCAAGGCUGAGUCUGCCGACUACGACACCUGGGCCGCCCUGGCCUCCACCACCGCCGCUGGCUCCGGCUCCACUGGCACUUCCUCGGGCAGCGGCAGCGCCUCUACCCCUGUCAGCACCCCCGUGAACACCCCUCUUGCCGCCCCCACUACCGCCAAGGAGACCUACGACUACAUUGUCAUUGGUGGUGGUGCCGCCGGUAUCAUCGCCGCCGAGCGCUUCGCUGAGAGCAAGAAGUCCGUUCUUCUCCUUGAGCGUGGUGCUCCUUCCACCAAGUCUUCCGGCGGUAGCGACACCCUCUCCUGGAACAACAGUGUCACCGCCUAUGAUGUUCCUGCCUACGGCUACAAGACCUCCGGCAGCGAGCUUUGCGACGACACUGCCUCCAGCGCCGGCUGCCUUGUCGGUGGCUCUAGCACCAUCAACGCCGAGAUGUUCGUCAAGCCCCAGGAGGCCGACUUCGAGAACUGGCCCCAGGGCUGGCAGUGGAGCGACAUCUCCGAGUCUGCUGAGUCUUUCUACGAGCGUAACCCCGGUACCGACAAGCCUUCUUCUGACGGCCGCUACUACAACCAGGGUGUCUUCUCCAUUCUGUCCAAGCUCUUCACCAGCAACGGCUGGAACGAGGUCAGCGCCAUCGAGAAGCCCAACGAGAAGACCAAGGUCUUCGCUCACCCGCCCUGGAACAUCCAGAACGGUCUCCGUGCCGGCCCUGUCAAGACUUACCUUCCUCUUGCUCAGGCCAUGGACAACUUCAAGUUCCAGACUGGCGCCAAGGUCCUGAAGCUCGUCCGCAGUGGCUCUGCCGUCACCGGUGUCGAGGUUCAGCUCGAGGACGGCUCCACUCAGAUCAUCAAUGUCAACGCUGACGGCAAGGUCGUCCUCGCCGGCGGUGCCCUGUCCACUCCCCGCAUCCUGUUCAACUCUGGUAUCGGUCCCGCCGACCAGAUCAAGACCGUCAAGAGCGGCUCUUCCGGUGUCACCGUCCCCGAGCAGGCUGACUGGAUCGAGCUCCCCGUCGGCAAGGGCCUCAAGGACCACCCCAUCUUCACCGUCAGCGUCACGGCUGCCAACGCCAACUUCACCGAGUAUGACCCCACCAGCCCCACCAAGAACGAGAUCUCUCUCUUCGCCCAGGGUGCCGGUCCUCUUUCCGAGGGUAUGCAGCGCCUGAACUUCUGGACCAACGUUAAGGGCACCGACGGUGUCACCCGCUACAUCCAGGGUACCACUGCCGCCACCGGCAGCAACGGCAUCAAGAUCAAGGUCUACCUCACCCACGGUCUGACCUCCACCGGUGUUCUCGGCAUCACCGCAGACGGCACCACCACCUUCAGCACUGAGCCCUGGAUGAACACUGAUGGCGACAAGGCUGCCAUCAAGUCCUUCAUGACCGACCUGAUCGCCUACAUCAAGAAGGACUCUUCCCUCUCCAUCGAGUCCACCACCGGCGAGGAGGUCACCGCCGACAGCCUGAUUGCCACCCACGUUACCGGUGACCACUUCGUCGGUACCGCCAAGAUGGGUGCCGACAAGAGCAGCGCCGUCGUUGACACUGACUGCAAGGUCUUCGGCACCGACAACCUGUUCGUCGUUGACGCCUCGAUCCACCCCGACCUGCCCACCGGUAACACCCAGGCCAUUGUCAUGGUUGUUUCCGAGCACGCCGCCAAGAAGAUCAUU